AUGGGAAAGGCAUCACGCAAAUCCAGAUCAGUGUUGAUCUCGAAUCGGUGGAUCACAACCAGUAGAAAUGCGUUGCAAUUGUCUCAAGAUGCCAGCCCCGAGGUACGGCAGAGCUCAUUCGCGCUUCUCGGCGAUCUCUCGAAGGCGUGCUACCAUCAUCUGCAGCCAUCAAUACAUCUGUUCAUGCCAAUUCUAACGAACAAUCUAAAUCCGGAUCUGAUAUCGGUUUGCAACAAUUCGAUAUGGGCAAUCGGUGAGGUGGCGAUGAAGAUGGGUGAGGGCAUGCGGCAGUACGUGAACAACAUGCUGCCGGCGUUGAUUUUCGUGAUGAAUCGGGAUAAAGGACCGAAAACGUUACUCGAGAAUACAGGUGCGUGGGCGUUGCUGACGGGAAGUUAUAAAUAA